AUGGCACGGAAAGCUAAGAAGGAAGUACCUGCCCCUCCCAAAGCCAAAGCCAAAGCAAAGGCCUUGAAAGCGAAGAAGGCAGGACUGAAAGGCAUCCACAGCCACAAAAAAAGAAGAUCUGCCAUACCAACUUUCCAGUGAUCCAAGAUCCUGAGGCUCAGGAGGCAGCCCAAAUACCCUCAAAAGAGCAGCAUGCCCCGGAGAAACAAGCUUGACCUCUAUGCCAUCAUCAAAUUCCCCCUGACCUCUGAGUCAGCCAUGAAGAGGACAGAAGACGACAACAAGCUUAUGUCCAUUGUAGACGUCAAAGCCAACAAGCACCAGAUCAAACAGGCUGUGAAGAAGCAUUAUGACAUUAAUGUUGCCAAAGUCAACACCCUCAUAAGGUCUCACGAAGAGAAGAAGGCAUACGUUCAGUUGGCUCCUGAUGAUGAUGGUCUGGAUGUUGCCAACAAAAUUAGGAUCAUCUAA